AUGUAUAUCGCGUACGGAUGGCCGAAGCACCGCGUGAAGCUGGGCGAGUUCGUGCGAGAUGACAAGUCUCUCCUAGAAGACGGUGGGAACCUGCACGCCAUAUGGAACGAAGCCGUCGAAACGCUCGCCGUGCUGACGGCGGGCAGCGUGCUACACUUCUACGAUACGGCGGGCAGCGUGCUACACUUCUACGAUGUGCGCACCACGCCCAAGCCGCUGCGCCUCGUGUCGCCAGACUCGCCGCCCUCUCUGCUCGCCCUCAAGUUCCGCUCCUCCACGCGCGUGCCUCUCUUCGGGGACAACGUCUCCAUGUACGCACCCCCUCCCCUCCUCACCCUCUUCCACACUGCCUUCCGCUCCUCCACUCGCAUGCCUCUCUUUGGGGACAACGUCUCCAUGUACGCACCCCCCCCUCUUCCCCCCCUUCCUCACCACCCCCCACCCCACCCUCCCCUCUCUCCCAACCCCCUCCCUCUCCCUCCCUCCCCUUCCACACUACUGUUUCAGAGACCACAUCCUGCUGAGGCUGUCUCCUCAUCCCGUUCCCCCCUUCUUCCUCCCGCUUCCGCUCUCCCCCCCUUCGGGCAGCAAUGGCGUUGUGGCGGAUACGAGGACCAUAUCCUGCUGCGGCGGCCGCCAGCCGCUCCCUCAUGCCGCAACGGCAUGGUGGCAGACGAGGAUCACAUUCUGCUGGGGCUGUCCACUGCCGCCUGCACCUCGUGUCCUGGCGCGGCCAGCUGCGGGCACGGCGGAUCUGUAGCGCAAGCACAGCAGGGAGGUGGUGGGGUGGGGCCCAUGUACGUCAGUCUGUGUAUGACUCCAUACGUCCCCCAAUCACCAACCUCCCCUCCCUCCCCACCCCCCCAGCUGCGGGGCACGGCGGACCUGUGGCGCAAGCACAGCAGGGAGGUGGUUGGGGUGGGGCCCAUGUAUGUUCCCGAAGCCAACGGCCUACCCAGUACGCCCCACUCCCUUUCUCCACUCAUCGUUUCUCCCCCUUCCCCCCCCCAUACUCCCCCCCAGCUGCGGGGCACGGCGGACCUAUGGCGCAAGCACAGCAGAGAGGUGAUGGGACCCAUGUACGUGCCAGAAGCCAACGGCCUGCCCAGCACGCGCCGCUCCCUUCAUCCACUCCCCUCAUUCCCCUCGUUCUCGUUCUUUCACUCCCCCCCUCUCCCCAGCUGCGGGGCACGGCGGACCUAUGGCGCAAGCACAGCAGGGAGGUGGUCGGCCCCAUGUACGUCCCAGAAGCCAACGGUCUUCCCAGCACGCCCCACUCGCCGCGCUCCUCCCCACUCGCCCCCUCCUCCUCCUACCCCGUACCCCGCCUCCCCGCCCGCCCCCUCCGCCGCCCCUCCCUCCACCCCCAACGGCCGCUCCAGCGGAGGAGCAGACACAGGGGGCGCAGGAGCAGGGGGAGCGGGAGCAGGAGGAGCAGGGGGAGGGGUGUCACAGAUGGUAUAUUCCCCGGCGCUGCGGCUGAUAGCGGUGGUGCUGGUGGAUGGGCGAGUGGUGCUGUGCUCCACGGGCGAGAGGGGGCUGAGGCCCGUGGAGGAGGUGACGCCAGAGAAGUGGGUGGGCGUGGUGGACGCGGCUACUGUGGCUGUGGGCGAGAGGCAGCAGCUGCUGGCUGUGGGCAGCAGAAGGGGGACGGUUGAACUGUUUGAUUUGGCCAGGAGCUCUGCACACCUCAGGACUGUACUCACUGGGGGACACGGGGGCAGUGGCGUGCAUAUGCUGGUCGCCAGACAACCUGGCAUUUGCAGUGGGGUGGAAGCUGCGUGGUCUAGCCGUGUGGUGUCACUCUGUGUCUUGCAGCCUCCCUUGUCACCCAUUCUUCAUCCCCUUCUCUGGUAUUCACUGGAGGACACGGGGGCAGUGGCGUGCAUAUGCUGGUCGCCAGACAACCUGGCAUUCGCAGUGGGGUGGAAGCUGCGAGGCCUAGCCGUGUGGUCCGUGUCAGGCUGUCGCCUCAUGUGCACCAUCCGCCAGGGCUCCAUGAGCCUCCUUCCCCCCUCCUCCUCCUCCUCUUCCACCACCACCGCUGGUAUCACCAGUCCCCGGAGCUCCGCCGCAGGCUCGGACCCAGCCUCCACGCCAGGCUCGGCAGCAGCCGGGUCCGCUACAGCCGCUGUGGUGAAGAGCAGUGAGCCGAUGGUGGGGGGCGUGGCGGCUGUAGCGUGGGGGGAAGAGGGGUACCAGCUUGUAGCGGCGGAAGCAGGGAUGGUGGGGGAGGUGGCGGUGGGGGUGAGGGGGCGGCAGGCGGGGCGGCUGGUGCAGUUUGCGUUUGCGCGGCAGUGCUCGAGUAAGGCGGUGGCGGGGAGCUCUCAUGUGUGGCAGGCCAUGGCUGGUGCGGAUAGGGUGCUGUUGGUGCAGAGUAAUGAGGAGGAGGAGCUGAGGGUGCAGCACCUGGUCAUCCCGUGCUCAUGCAAGGGGAUCGCGGGUUCAGACCGAGUGCUGCUGGUGCAGAGCAACGAGGAGGGGGCUGCGGGUGCCGCACCUGCCCAGCAAACGUACAUGGGCGCGCGUUGGGCCGUCCCCUCACCCACGUCACUUCCCCUCUUCCCUCCCAGCAAAGGCGUUUUCUACCCUCAAACGUACAUGGGGGUGAACUGGCCAGUCCGGCACGUGGCAGCGAGUGAUGACGGGUCGUACCUGGCAGUGGCGGGGCGGCGGGGAGUCAUCCUGCACAACCUGCGCUCCAACAAGUGGCGCGUGUUUGGGGACGUGAUGCAGGAGAGGGCUGUCAAGUGCGAGGGGCUGCUGUGGGUCGGCAAGAUCAUCAUCGUGUGCAACCACCGGGUGGCGUCCCACUCAUACGAGCUCUGUCUCUACCCGCGUUUCCACCUGGACGAGUCAUCGCUGCUGUGCCGCCAACCGCUCCCAGCGCGGCCUAUAGCGCUGGACGCGUGGGGAGACUACAUUCUGGUGGCCACGCCCCCCUUUGACAUCAAAGUCUUUCACAUGCACGUGGAGGGAGACGUGUCACCGCUGCAUCUACCCACCGUGCAGGUCAGUUUCGCUGCAGUGCGCGCAAGGUAUGAGAGUGGGGGUCUCUCUCUAGCCCUGGAUGCAUGGGGAGACUACAUUCUGGUGGCCACGCCCCCCUUUGACAUCAAAGUCUUUCACAUGCACGUGGUGGGGGACGUGUCGCCGCUUCAUUUACCCACCGUGCAGCUGCGCACAGUGCGGGAGCUCUCCAUAAUGUCAGCGCGCAAGCCCCUCGUCUCCAUGCGCUUUGUGCCGCGCACAGGGGACGCAGACGCGCAGGCGGAGGGGGAAAGGCAGGCGGGGAGCGAGGGGAAUCGUGAGCGGGAAGGGGAGGGCCAAGUCGCCAUCACGAGCAGCAGCAGCGAGCAAAGACUGUCCAAGGAGGGGGCGCAGCAGGGGGCAGCGAGGAGAGGAGCAGGCACACAGGCAACCGGGAAAUCUGGAAAAGCCAGCAUACGAGACCCACUGGCAGAGGCGAUGAGGCGGCAGCCCACCAAGUGCAUGCUGCUGCGCACGGAUGGCGACCUGUCUCUGCUGGACCUGGAUAGUGGCAGUGAGAGGGCGCUGGUGGCAGGGGUUGAGAACUUCUGGCUUACCCAGGGGGGGGAUGAGGCUGCUGCUGCGUUGAUCGAGGAGGUGCCCUGGUGGGCGUAUGGUCACAGGGGAAUGCAGGUGUGGUACCCCUCCUUAUACCACGACACAUCAGGCCAGCCAGCAGAGGUCCAGCAGUUUGACCCAGAGCUCGACUUUGACCGCGAGGUGUACCCUCUGGGGGUGUCGCCUGCACCUGCUCUCUCUGCCAACACAAUUUUUUCCCUUCUCCCCUUCGGUUCUUCCUUUCCCGUCUUUCCUCAUCAUUCCCAACCCCUUUUCACCACAUCUGAUCAGGUGUGGUACCCCUCGCUGUACCACGAUGCAUCGGGGCAGCCAGCAGAGGUACAGCAGUUAGACCCAGAGCUCGACUUCGACCGCGAGGUGUACCCGCUGGGGGUGUCGCCUGCCGCGGGGGUGAUCGUGGGAGUCAGUCAGCGCCUGUCGCUCUCCUCCUGUGCCGAGAUGCCCUGCUUUGAGCCCACGCCCCAGGCGCAACCGAUUCUCCCUUGCCUGCUGCGGCACCUGCUGCAGCCUACAGGGAGUGUGCUGGUAGCAGUGGGGGUGAUCGUGGGUGUGAGCCAGCGCCUGUCGCUCUCCUCCUGUGCCGAGAUGCCCUGCUUUGAGCCCACGCCCCAGGCGCAACCCAUUCUCCCCUGCCUGCUGCGGCACUUGCUGCAGGUGGUGCACCUCUUUGCCACACUGCAUCGCUCACUCCUUCCCUUCUUUGAUUUCAUCCCCUCCUCUCCCUGCCCCGCCCCGCCCCCUCUCCCCUCGUCCCCUCCUCCCCUCCCCGAACCAGCGAAACAAGAUGGAGGAUGCGCGCAACAAGAUGAGGAGGCGGUGCAAGCUGGUGCACCUCUCAGCCACACUCUCUUAAAAACACACCCUCCUCCUCUUGUACCUCCUCUCCUCUCCCCCCUUCUAUGCCUCCCAUCAGCGCAACAAGAUGGAGGAGGCGGUGCAGCUGGCGCACCUCUCAAGCCACACUCUCUUAACACACCCUCCUCCUCUUGUACUUCCUCUCCUCUCCCCCCCUUCUAUGCCUCCCCUCAGCGCAACAAGAUGGAGGAGGCGGUGCAGCGGGCGCACCUCUCAGCCACACUUCUCUUAAACACACCCUCCUCCUCUUGUACUUCCUCUCCUCUCCCCCCUUCUAUGCCUCCCAUCAAGCGCAACAAGAUGGAGGAGGCGCGCAACAAGAUGGGAGGAGGCGGUGCAGCUGGCGCACCUCUCAGCCACACUCUCUUAAACACACCCUCCUCCUCUUGUAACUUCCUCUCCUCUCCCCCCUUCUAUGCCUCCCAUCAGCGCAACAAGAUGGAGGAGGCGGUGCAGCUGGCGCACCUCUCAGCCACACUCUCCUUAAACACACCCUCCUCCUCUUGUACUUCCUCUCCUCUCCCCCCUUCUAUGCCUCCCAUCAGCGCAACAAGAUGGAGGAGGCGGUGCAGCUGGCGCACCUCUCAGCCACACUCUCUUAAAACACACCCUCCUCCUCUUGUAAUUCCUCUCCUCUCCCCCCUUCUAUGCCUCCCAUCAGCGCAACAAGAUGGAGGAGGCGCGCAACAAGAUGAGGAGGCGGUGCAGCUGGCGCACCUCUCUGCCACGCGGCCGCACUUCUCCCACUCCCUCGAGUGGCUCCUCUUCACCAUCUUUGACGCCGAGACGUCCAGCGGGAGCGCACAGAGGAGGCGCAAGGAGGGGGAAGAAGGGGCCGAGUCCGCUGGACCGGGCGUUGCGAGUGCGAGGCGGCGGCGCAAGGAGGUGAAGAAGGGCCCGAGUCUGCUGGACCGGGCGUGUGAGCUGAUCCGGCACUUUGGGGAGUACCGAGAUGUGGUGGUCAGCGUGGCGCGCAAGACCGACAGCCGCCACUGGCCCGACCUGUUUGCCUCUGCUGGCAACUCCAACACGCUCUUUGAGGAGUGCUUUGAGAACAAGCAAUAUCGCACCGCCACGUGCUACAUCCUGGUGGUGGAGAAGCUAGAAGGCCCAACCAUCGGUCAGCAAAGCACGCUUCCCACCUCCCUGUUCCCUCUUGCUCCCGCCUUUCCAACUGCGCCCUUCCCUGCGCCCCUCGCGUCCCCUCAUCAGGUGGUGGAGAAGCUAGAAGGCCCAACCAUCGGUCAGCAAAGCGCCCUGCGGCUCUUGCAGGGGUGCGUCCUGCUGCGGUCAGGGCGGGAGUUCAGCCAGGCAAAGGAGGAGGACGAGAGGGCCAGUGCGCUUCCUGCUGCGGUCAGGGCGCGAGUACAGCCAGUGAAUGGUACAGUGGAGGAGGACGAGAGGGCCAGCGACACCCCUGUUGCUUCCGUCUCUUUCUUCCCGGUGCGCUUCCUGCUGCGGUCAGGGCGCGAGUACAGCCAGGCGGUGGAGGAGGACGAGAGGGCGAGCGAGAGUCUACUCAAGAGCUUCUUCUCCUUCGGAUUCACCUCCACAGCCCCCAAGGCGAGGGGGGACGUGUUGCACACGACGGUGAAGCACAUACUGGGGGAGAAAGCCACGGCCCUCAUGAGCAGCGAGGAGCUCCGGCAGCUCGUGGCGUUCGUGAAAGGCACCCAGUUCGACUUCACUGAAUUCCUGCGGUCGGAUCGAGGCAGGUCAAUUCGCCUCGAAGACUUUCCCACUGCCCUGCGCACCAUCCGCUACAAGAUCGCCCUGGAGGGCAAUCUACAGAGCAGGCUGGAUGCGGAGUUCCUUUUGGCUCACGUGCGCACCGUGGGCUUUCAUGAGUGGACCGUCGUGCUCGCCACGCUGCUGCAGCGAUCUGAGGUGCUGGCAGAGCUAUUCCAGAACGACAUGAAGCUGUGGACUGCCUAUGUGAGAGCUCUUAAGGUAUGUGCCACGGCUGGUGCAUUUUCAAGUGUCGGCUCAGCGGGAAGACCCACUGCUGUCGGCGCGUCAGUGGCGGAGGGAGGGUGGAAUGCGGUGGUAGGGCGGAGUGAGGCGGAAGAAAGGGAGGCGAUGUGGCGGCUGUGCGCGGAAGAGAUGGCGCAUCUGAAAGCGCUGCUGCUGGACGACGGCGGCGGCGGAACGCAAAGCGCGCCGCUGUUGCAGCGCGCCGAGCACGAUGGCUCGCAAAGGACCGUUUCGCGCAGCGACGGCGGCUCGCACGACCCCCACCUGGCUGGGCUGUUUUCAGGAGCCGCAACGGUUCAGGAAAACCCGGACCAGACAUCCGCACUACAAGCUACCCCACAGCAGCAGCAGCAUCAGGAGGAAGGGCAAGGGCCUCCUCAGGGGAACGACCCCUACCGGUUGUACCUGCUGGCUGAGAUACGGAAAGCGCGUGCGGCCAUGCUUUCUCGUGGCGCUACUACUGCUCCUCUCGGCCACCUACAACAGGAACACGCGGGUUCACCCGGGGAUCCAACGGUCAACCUCAAUCACUCUGGGGCUGCGGCCCCUGAAAAGGGGGGGACAGCGGCGCGCUUCCACGCGGGAGGUGGAGGCGGGAGCGGGCGGAGCGCGAUGGUCGAGGUGGCGGCGAGGGAAGCAACGGAAACGGCGAGGGAAGCGACGAAAGCGGCGAGGGAAGCCGAAGAGCAAGAACUGCGGGAGAUCUGCAGUGCGCUGUUCUCAGCAGGAGCGCGGGAAGCGGAUGGUUUCUUACAGGGCGCGCUGGGUGGGGCUGGUGGGAAGGGCGUGGUCAGGGGCAGCUCCGGUUGGGAAGUUUCGGGGUCGCGAUUAGGAGACGCCGCACUCCCGGAACAGCACGCAACAUUGCAGCAUGGAUUUCCGCAGCACAUUAUACCGCAGCAGGCAACACCGAAGCACGCGGCGCCGCACGCAACACCGCAGCAUACACUUAUCCACGACCAAGUCCCACUGCAGAGGACGAUGAUCACAGAGCAGGAGUCGGCGCCAUUGCAGCACCUGCUAGCGGCAACGGCAACUCACGCGGCGGCUUUGGAGGCGCCGCAUGAAGCGGCGCUGACCCCGCAGGAGAUCAUGCUGCUGCGAGACGUGCUGGCAGCACCAGCUCAGGAUCACGAGGCGGCGAGGUGGAUAACCACCAAAUCACCCUUCGACGCGCAGCCGUCGAUGGUCGACGCGGAAUUCCCGCGGGGUGAUUUCAAGCAGCCGCAGCGUCGGGCGUCCAAGUCCGAAGGGCAGCGCAGCAGCGGCAUGGCAGGGGAGCGAGAUUUGUUGACGGGAAACGCGCCAGAGGACCUGCGCGUUCCUUUUGAGCGAUACGGCCCGAUCAAGGAUGUCUACCUACCAAAGGACUACCACACAGGGUAUGUUGGCUCCAAUUUUGUAACUGUUUAUGGUGGUGAUGGUGGUGGCAUGAUAUCGCAAUCUGGUUACCAGUUCGUGAACAUGGCGGAUGCGGAGGACGCGCAGUACGAGCUGGAUCGGACCAACUUCAAUGGCAGGGAGAUCACGGUCGUCUUCGCGGAGGAGAAUCGCAAGAAGCCUGACGAGAUGCGCACCAGGGAGCGAUACAGCACGAUCACGCUCGCGCUCCCCUCCAGGCCGACGUUCCUUCUCGCCUCCUCCUCGCCGCCGCUCGCGCUCCCCUCCCCCUCGACGCAGCGGCCCUCCGCGCAGGUAGGAUUGGUCCCUCAUAUGAACCAUUCUCUGCAACCGUUUUUGGAUGAUUCCUCCACUGCAACCAUCCCUGCACUGCGCGUUCUCCUCGCUUCCCUCCUGUCUUCAUCGACUGCUGGGCUGGGUUAUUUCAGGUCUCCUUCCGUGGUACGCCUGCUGAUCAUACACCUCCCCCCUCCUACACCCACGUUUUCCACUCUAUCCCUCCCUCCCUCCCUCCCUCCCUCCCUCCCUCCCUCCCUCCCUCCCUCCCUCCCUCCCUCCCUCCCUCCCUCCCUCCCUCCCUCCCUCCCUCCCUCCCUCUCUCACCCACCCCAUCCACUACCAGAUCGCCCAGCUAUUCCAAUGAAGAUCGGGAUCGCAGCUACAGCCGCUCGCCCUCACCCCGUGGCCGUGGCCGUGGGCGCUCCCCUCCUCCGCCUCGCAAUGGCAGCGCCGGCGCUCCACCUAGGCAGGUGGUUUGAGACUAUCCCAACCCCCUCUCCUCCCUUGAGUUUUGAGGCGCCUCAAAUUUCUGGUGUUCCACCUAGGGGCCGGAGUGGUAGUGCUGGUGGAGCUGCAGCAGGUGGUGAAGGUGGGCCUAGCAGGCCUUAA